CGAUCGAAGCCAGAAUGGAAAGUUGCCGACAAGAUGGUAAACCUUAUGAUAUGUAUAUUGAAGAAGUGAACAGUCUAACUGAAUCGAUUCAAUGUCAAACACAAGUGGUUAGCGAUUUGCAACAAAAACUUAUGGAUGCCGGUGAAAUAUCGUCGACAGAUGCCUCCGGUCUACCUGAUUCGACUGGUCAAAUACUCUCAUCUCGUUUAUCCCAACUACACAGCAUCCAAGAGGCACGAAUAGCUUUGAAAUAUCUAUUCAGACAAGCAUCGUCAUCUGAAGUUUCUAAGAUUAAUUUAGAAACUCAAAUAUGUGAAUUGCAAUCCCAACUGAAUGCAGAGAAACGAAAAUCUGAGGAGAAUAAUAGUCCGUUUACUACGGAUGACGAAUUUAAAAAUGUUGAAGCUGAAUGCAGUUUACCUUUUACGGUAGUGACUGAUAAUAAUGCAUCGUCAUCUAAAGUUUCUAAGAUUAAUUUAGAAACUCAAAUAUGUGAAUCGGAAUCCCAACUGAACGCAGAGAAACAAAAAGUGGAAAAUUUACUUCAGACUACAGAGCAUUAUUCUGUAGAAUUACUGAAGUGUGAGGAGAAUAAUAGUCCACCUACUACUGAAGACCAGUUUAAAAAUAAUGAAGGCGAAUGCAGUCUACCUUUUAGGGUAGUGACUGAUAUUGAUUCAAAAUCUAAUGCAGAUUCACAUACACAUCGAUGUAAAUGCCGAGGGACAUGUCAAGCACGGUGUAUUUGUAGACGUUCUGGUCGUCCGUGUGUCCCAUUGCGUUGUUACUGCAUUUCUGGUGUAUGCGAAAACCGUUUAGAUUCAUCAUCACAAGACAGUCAAAUAGUUAUGGGACCACCAUCUGGAUUACCCGUUAUAUUACGGACAAAACGUAAAACUCGUGCAUUACAAUUAAAUAAAAUCUCCAACUGA